AUGCCUAAGCGUAUUCUGUGCUCGUAUGGAGUCGAUGUUGAUGCCGUUGCUGGUUGGCUUGGCUCCUAUGGAGGUGAAGAUUCACCCAGUGAUAUCUCCCGUGGCCUAUUCGCUGGAACACAUGGAACUCGUCGAAUGUUGAAGCUGUUCGACAAGUACAACAUCAAGGCGACAUGGUUCAUUCCCGGACACAGUCUUGAAACUUUCCCUGAAGAAUGCGCAAUGGUCAGAGAUGCCGGGCAUGAAAUUGGGCUCCACGGCUACUCUCAUGAGAAUCCUUCCGACAUGACACUAGAGCAACAACGUGAUGUCUUGGAAAAGACUCAUAAGAUGCUCACAGAGUUCUGCGGCAAACCUCCUCGCGGAAGUGUCGCCCCUUGGUGGGAGACUAGUAAGGAAGGAGUUGAUCUGAUGCUGAGCUAUGGCAUCGAGUAUGAUCACUCAAUGUCUCAUGAUGAUUGCCAUAUGUACUGGCUACGAACUAAUGAUAGCUGGACCAAAAUCGACUAUAAGCAAAAGGCUGAGACCUGGAUGAAGCCAUUAGUCAAGGGCCAGGACACAGGACUUGUUGAGAUUCCAGCAAACUGCCUUCCUCCCAUGAUGUUCAUCAAAGAUGCCCCCAACAGCCACGGCUGGGUCAACUCUCGCGAUGUUGAAGACCUGUGGCGAGACCACUUUGACUACUUCUACCGCGAAUAUGCUGAUGAUCCCGAUCAGAUCUGCGUGUUUCCUCUCACAGUUCAUCCGGAUGUUUCCGGUCGGCCGCAUGCACUGCUAAUGCACGAGAGAUUGAUUGAGUAUAUCAACAAGCAUGAAGGCGUUGAAUGGGUGACGAUGGAGCAGAUGUGUGACGAGUUCAAGAAGAAGAACAAGCCACCCAAGGGAGCUGUGAUGCCGAAGGCUCAGGAGCAAAAAUAG